ACGCGCCCUAACACAGAUAGCCCGCAAAAGUUGAGUGAAAAACGUGUGUAGAUUUAAUUUUCUUCGUAAAAUUAAAGACUGUGCGUUUCGUUUUUAAAUUUUGUAUUUUGUAACGCUACCAUAUGAGACAUUCUCGGUAGUGAAAAACAUGUGGCUCGGUGUGGUAACAACUCUGGCACUACUGACUCUAGCGCAUGCGAAUAAUCAAAAGACUUCAGGCGGCAAUGGAUUCGCAGAAUGGGGCUGGCAAAUGCGAGAACAAGGCCCGGGUACUGUUGGACAUUACUUUGUCAGACUUCCUCAGUCCGAACAACAAGUCCGCUAUAUAGCAGACGGUAGUGGCUACCAUGGUGCGCUGGCGUUUAGCACUAAAGGCCCACAGCAUAGCACUACAUCAAACUUCGCCCUAGGACGUCGAGCAUUGGAGCUAGAUUCCCAGAUAUCUUCUCAAGUGAGUCCCGGAAUUCCAAAUGAAAUUCAAGAAGCAAGUGCCACGUCCGAUUUGCGUGCGGUACAAAAUCCUCUUGAGUUUUUCCUUCUGCAAACUCAUUACACGACGCCUCCCAACCAACCGCCACUAUAUCAAAUAAUUCCAGAUCAAAAUCUUGUUCAAUAUAAUCCAAUACCUAAUAUUUACUUCAACGAUUUACCCAAAGCUGAAUAUUACAACUAUGUUCAACAUAAAAACGGUGUUAUGCCAGACCAGAACAACUUGAUAUUACUGAAUAACAAUCAAAAUGAAGGAACACUUCAAUCUUAUAGUGAAAAUGUUAACAAGCCAAACGGUCAGAUAGAAGUAGUACAAGUAUUUAAGGAUUCUAACUGUUCAAACAAUGAUGUGAAACAGAAAACUCAUAAUGAUAAAGAAUCCGCUAGAUUAGAACUUUCAAAUAGUUUAACUACAGUAGACGGAAACUUCGGUGAAAAAGAAAUAAAACCUUUAUAUCGAGGUACAGUUAACUUUAAAGUUGAAUCACCACGAAGUAAUGCUAGAAAUGAAAAAAUUUAUUAUUCAAGUUUAUCCGGAUCCACUACUCCUAAUUCCGUGACAUUUACUGAAGAAGAAGGUAUAUCACGGCUUGUUGCUUCUACGCAGGACUUAAUAUCAAAUGACGACUUGUUAAAAAUUAAUCACGCCGAAGAAUCGUCAGCCAUCUAUCCUCAAAACGAUGAUCUGAUUAAAGCAAAACCAAGAUUCAGCGUUAGAUCUCAUGGUACCUUCGAUUCACAGCGAACUGUUCCCCAAAGUCAUGUCUCAGUUUCCACUAAGUAUGGAAAUAUUGUAAAUACUAAAACACAACAUAUAAAGAAUGAAAAAAAUAAUAAAAACAUAGAUGAACAUACAUUUAAAUCACCAAUCAUUGUCUCAGAUGAAAAUGGAAACAGCUAUAAACAAAAGGUUGUCAACAAUUUUAUAUCUUCUAUGGUUCCAUACUUGGAAGACGGUUAUGAACUAGUAGGAGUAAGAAACAGCUUAGACGAACACGCUGAAAAUUCUGACGAAGAUUUGGUUAACAUAACUCCACGGCCCAUCAGCCAGAACUAUUUGACACCAAUCACGGUUGCUUUGAGGCUUUUGGAAUCAAAUAAUACCGAUUAUCAAGACCAUGACAUAUCUGAAAGUGAAAAUAUCCCAGAUACAGCCAUGCCUGAAAAGGAAAGAACAAUAAUAGAAAUCCAACAUUCAAUACCUAUUGAAAUAACUCAUAUAAACGAUGUUGAAUAUCAUCGCGAGUACAUGGAUGAGGGUAGAAAUUUUAAUUAUGGUAAUGUCUUGCAUAAUCAAUAUGGAUCCUCUGAAAAAAAUAAUGCCCAUCCUAAUCAAAAUACAAACUAUAACGAUAGACAAAAGAAGAAUUCUAAUGAUAAUGAACAAUCAGGCAAUGCUUACAGUGAAGUUCAGGUAAAUCCAAACCAACAACAAGGUAAUCGAAAUUAUCAUCAUGAAAUAGUUCAGCCAAUUAUAAUUGAAAAAGAAGUUCCUGUUACCAAAUUCGUCGACAGAUAUAUUGAAAAGCAAGUGCCAUACCCAGAACGAGUAGAAGUUGUUAAAGAGGUACCAGUAGAUAGGCCUGUUCCUGUGAGAUAUGAUAGAAUAGUGGAAAAACCUGUAGAGGUUACUCGAUUCGUUGAUAAACCUUACCCUGUUGAGGUAUUGAAGCCAUACCCGGUUGAAGUGAGAGUUCCAUAUCCCGUGGAGCAUAAAGUAUACGUUGAUAGGCCAGUUCACGUACCAUAUGCCGUUGAGAAAGUCGUUGAAAAGAAUGUAAUACAUCCUGUAGCUAUACCAACUCCUGUAGCGGUACCUUUUCCGGUAGAGCAAAAGGUGCUCUACCCAGUACCUGUUGAAAAACCUGUAGAAAGAGUAGUUCAUAAAGAGGUUCCGGUACCUUAUCCAGUGGAAAAGAGAGUACCGUAUCCAGUCCACCACGAAGUCAAAGUACCUGUGCCUUACCCAGUAGAGAGACGGAUACCAGUGACAGUUGAAAAACCAGUAACAAAGAUUGUCGAAAAGCACAUUAAAGUACCUGUACCACAUCCGGUCCCUUAUGAAGUACACGUGCCAAAACCGUAUCCAGUUGACAGGAUCGUUGAGAAAAAAGUGCCUUAUCCAGUUCACAUUGACAGAAUAGUCGAGAAAAAGGUUCCAGUACAAGUACCAUACCCAGUAAAUACUGUCGUUGAGAAAAUAGUUGAAAAACCUGUCAUAGUUACGAAAUAUAUUGAUAAACCUUAUCCUGUGGAAAAGAGGGUACCGUAUCCGGUGGACAGAAUUGUUGAAAGAAGAGUACCAUACCCGGUUGAAGUUAAGGUACCAUACCAGCAAAAGCCAGACACGCCGUACCAAUUUGAACAGAUCGAUCCAAUUUACUAUGGAUAUGGGAAGGGAUACCAAAAUCCAGUACAGUAUAUUCCAAAAGUUUCCACUCUUCAGCAAAACCAACAGCUUCAAAAUUAUAUGCAGACCCAAGCUGAGUCCCAACAUAAUUAUCAAGUUCAAAAAGCUAGCGAUGAGUAUUUGAAAAGCUUAUACAAACAAAAUAUCCCCAUUCAUUCGACGCUGUGGGGAAACCAGUACGCUUCUACGUACUCUUAUUUAAAUACCACAGAUAAAAACUAUUUCCCUACAAACUAUAUUGAAAGUGAACAGAAAUAUUACGGUCCACCGCCUACCAAAGCAUAUAAUUUUACUUGGGAGAAAAACCAGGACUAUGAUAAACGAAGAACAGAUAGAGUCCCUAAAAAUUUACGAAUAGAAUAUGGCGGAUUUAAACCACCCUUAAUACCGAGUACAGAAGUCGAUUUGGAUGGAAAUCCAAUAAAGAAACAGACUUAAGUACGUAGCCCUGAGUUUAUAAUUACCACCAAUUGUACAAAAUAUUACUUAUGAACUGAUUGUAUGUUCAGACUUGAAGCUUCGUAAUCAUUGUUGAACUUUUUCUGUUAAUAUUUUUAGAGCUUUAAUCCUUUAGUAAUAAUAGUUUUAAGUCUUUAGUAAUUUAUAUAUAGGACAUAUUUGUAUUGCUUUUUGCUUUACGCCGUAAAUAUCUUGCAAUUAAAAGUUCAAGUCAUAUUCCAUAUUUUACAAAUGUUUAUUUUUAUUCUUCUUAUUAAUUUAUUGUUUCUUUACGAAAACAAAUUAGCCGUUAGUGUAAAAGUAUUACGUUAUAGACUG